UAAUUACCACAACUUUGUUUGACAAUUGACAUUUUUGACAGAUACUUUUUCAAAGAUAAAUAAUAAUUCACUAUUAUUUUUAAUUUACCUCAAAAAUGCCCUUGUAUGAUUCCGAAAAAUCGGUUGUAAUUCUAGACAUAGGAACUGCCUAUACGAAGUUCGGUCUCACAGGUGAACCUGUACCAAGAGCAAUAUACAGGACUGAAGUUAAAUUCAAAGGCAAGACGAAAAAUCUUUUUGACUACGAAGAUGAACAGGAGCUAUAUGAUAUGCUGGUGGAAUUUUUUCAAGAUGUUUACUUUAAAUACGCUGUGACAAGUCCCAAAGAUAGACCAAUUGUUAUAGUUGAGUCGCUUUUCUGCCCUAUCGUUUUUAGGGAGAAUGUCGCUAAAGUUUUAUUCAGACAUUAUGCCGUAUCAUCUCUACUGUUUUUGUCUUCACAUUUAGUAAGCGUAUGCACCUUGGCGGUAGAUACUGCCUUAGUACUGGAUGUUGGAUAUAAAGAAGCUUGUUGUAUACCCAUUUGUUUUGGUAUGCCAUUAAUAAAUGCUUGGCAAACAUUGGACAUUGGAUCUCGCUCAAUUCACAGGAAUUUGCAGAAGUUGAUAAUGGAAAAGAAUCCUGGCGGACCUUCUUUAUCUGAAACUGACAUCGAAAAUAUUAAAGUACGUUGCUGCUUUGUAACUAAGAAAGAGAGAGCUAAUGGAUUAGCUCUUCCAAAACCAAACAUUGAACCAUGCCCAGAUGUUGAUUAUCCCAUAGAGGGUGCAGCAACAAUGUGUAUUAAUGGAGCAAUAAGGGAGAAAACUUACGAGAUAAUGUUUGAAGAGGAUAAUGACCACUUGUGUUUGCCCACAAUGAUUCUUGAUGCGCUCAUGAAUGUUGAUCUUCAUUUGAGAAGUAAAUUAGCAGAGAAUAUCUUACUUAUUGGCGGUACAACUAUGGCUAUGGGCUUUAAAUCGAGACUUAGAGAGGAAUUGCUUGAUCGCUUGAGUGAGGAACGAUAUAAGAAAUUGAAUGUUAAGUGUUUCAAAUUUCACACUAGUCCUUCCAAGGAAAACUUCACAGCUUGGCUUGGAGGCUCCAUAUAUGGCGCUACAGAUUGGCUGACAACCAAGGCCUUAUCGAGGGAAGAUUAUCUUGAAAAUAACAAGAUUCCAGAUUGGUCUGAUUUGAGCUAUAACUCGAGGAGUGUUUGAAAUAUUUCAUUUUUAUUAAUUUAUUUUAUAUAGAAUUAUAUAAGUUUUAUGCAUUUAUAUGUAUGUUUUCUAUUCUAAUAUAUUAUUAUCAUUG